GGGCAGUUAUGGGCGUGGUCUUGAGAGAUAAAUAGGUAGCUUGCUUCCUGAUUUAUCACUUCUCUCCUUAGGACUCUACCUGCCCAGCCACUCAAUAUGUCGUGGAAUCCGUAUGUAAUCCAAUUGAUGGGCGAUGAAAGUGUGACGGAAGACGCAGCGAUCGUGGGCUACGCCGAGAACAGCGAGAGCGUAUGGGCUGCGCAUUCCACUUUUAAGGAGAUAACGGCGGCUGAGGUGAAGAGGCUGGUUAGCAAAGAUCGCAGCACUUUAUUCACCGACGGCUUGAUGCUGGGAGGACAGAAGUGCCGCGUCAUCCUCGACAACCUCUACACCGAUGACGCGUCCAUGAACCUCAUGACGAAGGACGGCAACACCAUCACCGUGUGCAAGGCAAAAACAGUUCUUGUCCUACUGAAGGGUCGUAAGAGCAUUCAUGGGAGACAGCUGUUACCGCAAAACAUCAAAAUUGCCGAAUACCUGAUAUCUCAGGGAUAUUAAAACACACACACACACAUUCACAGUUGCUCUCACUAUCAUGGUGUGUUUUCCCAGGUUCUUGUAGAUCUUGUUUUUAUGUGCCAAACAAUAAAUCCCUCUCCAAAGCA